UUGCUUCUUCUGUGUUUUGAUAUACUACUAACUAGACAAAGAAUUAUCUGGCUACCUUUAAAAAACUUUUAUAUAUUUUGCCUUUGUGGUGUAGCAUCGUUGAAGACCAUUAUUGUGCAGUACUGUCCUGCGACAUGUGGCAUGUGCAACGAAACGGGAACUGCUGGGGUUUGCAAGGAUGAGAAUGCAGCUGUGUGUGACGUUAUGAAACUGCUUUGUCACGAUUCUUCUAAGAAAGCGACUUUAUUGACAACUUGUCCAAAGACCUGCAAUUGUUUAGCGAAAUGGCUUCUGAUAAGGGAAACAGUUCUCAAAAUGACUGAUUUUACAGCUUCUUCUUCGUGUACUGACGUCGCAUCAGACUGUGCUGCAAAGUCAUCUCUGUGCAACAACAGUGUUUAUUAUAGUCUCAUGAGGCAACAAUGCGCAAAAACAUGCAAAUUUUGUUAA